AGCUGCGGGUGAGUCUUGUGGAGUUUUUCGUUGGAGCUGCUGUUUGCAUCAAAGCUUGUUCCUGAGACCUGUGGCUGCAUAUCACCACUGAGGCCACACAACGCCUCUUCCCUGCAGAGGUCCCCGGGUUAUGGCCAUCUAAAAUCUCACGGCACAGCAACAGAACAACCACCUAAGUUGAAACCAGACCAUCAACAUGGGAAAGCAGAACAGCAAACUCCGUCCCGAGGUGAUACAGGACCUGCUGGAUAACACAGACUUCACCGAGCAUGAGAUCCAGGAGUGGUACAAGGGCUUCCUGCGGGACUGCCCCAGCGGUGCGCUCAGCAUGGAAGAAUUUAAGAAGAUCUAUGGCAACUUUUUCCCCUACGGAGACGCGUCAAAGUUUGCGGAGCACGUCUUCAGAACCUUCGACGCCAACGGAGAUGGAACAAUAGAUUUCAGAGAGUUUAUCAUUGCCCUGAGCGUCACGUCACGCGGCCGUUUGGAUCAGAAGCUAAAGUGGGCCUUCAGUAUGUACGAUUUGGAUGGCAAUGGAUACAUAAGCAAGGCGGAAAUGCUCGAGAUUGUACAGGCCAUCUAUAAGAUGGUAUCUGCAGUGAUGAAGAUGCCAGAGGACGAGUCCACGCCUGAGAAACGCACAGAGAAGAUCUUCCGCCAGAUGGACACAAAUCGUGAUGGUAAGCUGUCACUCGAAGAGUUUGUAGAGGGAGCAAAGAACGACCCAUCCAUCGUGCGACUGUUGCAGUGCGAUCCCAGCAGUGCCGGCCAGUGAAUCAACAGCGUCUCGCUACUUUCAUAACCUCUCUUACACAAGUCUUUUUGUUUGGUCAGAGCCUGGACUCCAAAACUACACCCCUAUCUGAGUGUCUGUGGGUUUCCCAAUGAACACCAGGCAUGGAAACAUGCAACUAUUUUUUUCCCCACAGACACACAUCAGGUAACGUUCAGAAACUCAUAUACAGAGGCCAUGCACACUAAGAAGCUGGUGUACAUGUGUCUCUCUGUGAAUUCCUCACAUAAGGCUUUUUAGGCAGUGAUGCAAGUGACAUCGCAUCCUGUUGUAAAAUUUUGGUACUGAAAUAAACCCUCUCAAAAAGAGCUUUAAAAAUUAACAGAGGUUCGAGAGGGAGCUGAAGCAAAAUGUUCUAAGCAUGGGAUAAUAUGACACUUCGUCAAAAAAACCAGAUUGCAUAUGCUUUCUAAACACCAAACUAUAGUUUUUUUAAUAAUUAUUUUUAAGAAUUUACUAAAUUAAAUCAUUUUACACACACAUUUCGUCAAAAAUCCCAGAUUGCAUAUGCUUUCUAAACACCAAACUAUAGUUUUUUUAAUAAUUAUUUUUAAGAAUUUUCUAAAUUAAAUCAUUUCACACACAAUAACUAUUGUCAUUCCUAGUGUUCCUAGUACUUCAAUUCCAUUCAGCACAUACUGUACAUCUAUUUAAAAGGGGCGCUUGGGUGACACAGAGUUUUUUUACUUAAAGUUUUUUUUUUUUUUUUUUUUUUUUCAACAUUAUGAUGACAGAGCCUGUGAUAGAAAAUCUUAAAGGGAUGGUUGGGAUCAAAUUUGGUCAUGAUGGUGCUCCUUUUAUGAGCACCAGUAUAAUGUUUAAAAAUAAAUACAAAAAAUAAUAAUUAUUACAAAUAUUUUUUAAACAUUAAUACUUGAUGCAUAGGACUGACAAUAAUAGUUGGAAAAUGUCAUUUUACAAAGUAAUAUUUUCAUAGGGAUGACAAUAAUAUUGACUUUUGCUGCUUCAAAAGAGGAAACAUGAAAAAGUAUUAGACAAAGAAAUUGUAGAUAAACAGUAAAUAUGGUUUAACUUGGUGGGUGAUAAAAAUGUAUCACACCACGGAAAAGCUUUUCAUUAUGAAACUGCUAUUAUUGAAAUAUGACAUUUUCUUCUGUUUCAAAUAAUCAUUUGUACAGUAAAAGCAUAUCUGUGUAUGACUGUGGCAAUGAGCAGUGAAGACAACACAUUACUAUGCGCAUACACAACAGACCAUGAAACCCUGCCGCAUUUAUAGCCGGCCAACAGAUUCACUUCAGCUUUCUAGCACACUUUCUGCUCUAUCCAGACCUUGAUUCAGUCAAUGUUCGGCCCACACCACCAACAAAAUACUACAUAUUACAAUUGGCAACAUGCUAAAGCCAAUUCAAAUUUGACUGAAUCUUGGCCAUAGUAUUUUAUUUUUAUACCCUGGGUAAAAUAACAGCUCAAAUCAUUUUGCACAUAAUACAUAUUGGUCAAACUGAAUGUAUUCUCUGCAUUUUCAUGUAUGUGGUAUGUAUGUAUGUGGUGCUUUUUGAGUACUCGUGUGUUUAUCCAGUGUUUGUCUAUGCAUACAUUUCGGUCAGGACUUGUGAGCAUUCUGUCAGUGACUUGACUAUGGAGAGACAAUUGGAGCGUAUUGGACAGAAUAUUAAUGUGUAUAUGUCUGCACAUCCUCAGGGUGACUAUGUUUUGAAAUGCAAGGGCCUGUGGUGUGGAUGACAUAUGCUUUUUGUGUAAUGCAAAUCCACCGUCCAUUUAUAAACACACAAACACUCGCUCACACGCAAACCACAUCUUAUUUGAGGCCAUGUGUAUGAUGGGAUAGCCAUCAGAAACUCUGUGGUUUCCACUGAAUUUGCUGUGAAGUCAAGGCUGUAAUGAUCAAACGUUCUUCAGCCACAUGCUGAUCAGAACGAUUCGUGAAGGAGCUUGAAUUAAAAACUAAUGACAAAAGGAAAAAAAUGUUGUUGUUUGUAGAUUCUCCUUCAUUAAAACAAAAUUAUUUAGCAUCUGGCAUUCUAAACCGCACAAGACAGCAACAUGUGGUCAAGUGCCAAACACAGAUAAAUAUAAAUAUGGCAAAACAAACAGUGUUCUAUCACUUUAUGCUGUACAGCUGUUAUCUGUCAAACUAAAUGUUUGUCAUUAUCAUUUUGUAGAUUUUAUAUGGUAACGUGUACAUUGUGUGAGUGUGGACAUUAUAAACACAGGCAUCUGUUUUGGUUAUAUCAUAAAUAAAAAUAUUAAAGAAAGAAAA